AUGUGGAAGGGUGCCCACACUCUGAAAAACAUCAUGCCUGGUCACUGUGGCCAAGAAGGGGCACCUGAAGGUCUUAAAUGUCUACAGACCAGUGGCAUUAACAUCACGCAAGAAAACCCUGGAGAGGUUGGUCCUCUCCCACCUCAGAUCCCUGGUGCCUUCAAUACCAUACAGCCUGUACUGAUGGGAGACAAUCUCUGGUAUAUGCAGUUGGGUGAUCCAUUUGGGACCUGGAUAACAAACUACCUCAACAACGGACCACAGUACAACUUGGAGUCAUGUCACCUUCAGAAGUUCUCUGAUGACACCACCCUUUACUCUUUUGUUCUGAAUUACAAGCUGGUGUUUGGAAAUCAUAAGGGCAUGGUCAGUGAGCACUGGUGUAGGGGUGUGGCUUCAAUUGAACCAAGUAACAGAGAUACUAUGGGUGUUGUGUGGAGAAUUAACACUGCCCAUCUGACCAACCUGGACAGGUACACAAUUGUCCCAAAUCUUUUGGAAUCGGGGUUGUAUUCUCCUGUUUCAGUCAAUGUUUUGAGUCGGGGGACACUUACCUGUCACAUCUACAUCUUGAACAGCCGUGUUCCGGCGCCGGCGUCUCCACACUACCGGAAGGUGGUGGUGGUGAUUAUGAUGGGAACUGAGCAAAAUGGCUUCCCCAAAGCUUAUCAAGAUGAACUGAAGUUUGUCGAAACCAACAAAUAUGAUGGGCCCCUUCCUGUGAUGACUGAGGUAUAUGUUGCAUUCAAAAACUCCCCCCCCCCCCCCAAAAAAAAAAGGUGUUAA